CACACACAUCACAUACGCAGAGGAAGCUUCCAUCCUCACGCGCAGUCGGUUUGUUGAUUCCUGCCGGUUGGCAGUGCUCGGUGACUAUAGUGUAGUAUAGCCCUCCCCGAGAGUCCGUACGGUGAGCAUUUGUUAGAAGCGCAGACCAGAGAAGGGGGCAGCUGGGAAGGACGCACGACGUGGGUAGAAAAAAGAACCACGCUCUAUUUUACUCCCUAGCUGGAUGGGCUGAGAGAAGACAUCAACCUGCGUUGCACAAUUGCAUCGUUUUUCAAGCCAUUUCGGAUUGAACACGUUUGUCUGACCUAGACAUCCCUAGUCCUGGAUUCAGAGCUCUCGAUCUCCCCCGCGGGUCCAGACCGUGCCCCCCCGGACCCCAGCACCAUGACUCAAGAGGGGCAGGGGCUCCCCCAGACCUCCCCCACCCCCCCAGAGAGCCCUCUGGAGACCCCCACAGCCCACCCCACCGAACCCCACACAGAGACAGACCAGGAGGGGGGAAGUCUGGAGGUUGAGGUGGACAGGCUGGAGGAGACUGAAAGGGAAAAGGUGGAUGCAGAGAUGGCAGUGGGUGAGGAAGGUGGAGAGGGGGAGGUGCAAACAGCAGAGAAGGUCGAGGUUGAUGUAGAGGGGGAGGUGCAGGGAGAGGGAGAGCGGCAGGUAGAGGUGAAAGGGGCGAUCAUGCUGGAGGCUGAAGUGGAAGGAGAGAGAGGGGCUGAAACAAAGUAUGGAGAAAAUGUAGUGGAGAAUGAGAGGAUGGAUGUGGUCGCAGAUGAGAACGGACAGGCUGAGGGAGAGCCGAAGGGAAAGGGGAAGAAGGGAGAAAAUGAGGAGGAGGUAGAGGAAGUGACGGGGGUCAGUAAAAACAUAGAAGACAGUCCAGGGGACGGGAUACAGGUCCAUGAGCCAAGAUGUGAGGAAGAGGAGGAAGGGAAGGAGGAUCCUCUACCACCCAGUGACCCUGCAGCCCCCCUGGAAACCAUGGAGACAUCCAGGCUGGAGAACGGGAUAGGAGUGGAGAAUGGGAUUGUGGGAUUUGAAGAUGAGGAAGAAGAGGGUGAAGAGGCCGAGGGGGCAGAGGUCACCCAGACCCAGCUGGACACCUUUAGCUCCACCUUUGAGUGUUUUGUUGAGCAGGCCGACACAGAGGUGGAGGUGGAGGAGGAGGAGGAGGAGGAAGAGAGGAACAGGGAGGAGCAAGAGGGAGGAGAGAACCAGGACAGUUUCAGCUCUGUGUUUGAGCGUAUCGUGGAGCAGGUGACCACCGGCGAGGAGGAGGAGGACGAGGAAGAGGGGGACGAGGAGAGGGCGAGGGAGAAAGGGAGGGCAGACAACAAGGACGGCUUCAGCUCGACGUUCGAACGCAUCGUGGAGUCCGCGCUGCUCAGGGGCGGGACCUGCUACAGCAGCCUGGACUCGCUGGACGUCCUGUCGCUCACCGACGAGACAGACAGCUGCGUCAGCUUCGAGGCACCGCUCACCCCUCUCAUCCAGCAGAGGGCGCUCUUCUGCCCUGAGCCCCUGGAGCUGGAGCUGGCGACCGUGCAGGAGCAGGAGGGGGGCGAGGGUGGUCCUGAAGCCCAGAGAGCAGAGCUAGAGGCUGGGGAGAGAGCCGCUGACCCUGGGCCUUUGCCUGGAGGAAGCCCCCUCCGGACCACCAUCCCCGGGAGCCGGUCAGAGUGUGUGCUGAGCCAGCCUGGCAAGUGGGCCAUUCCUAAUGGGUACCACAUGGAUCACAAGGGGGGCGCGGAGGGCACUAGGACCAUGCCCAACUCUGUCAGCGAUGCUAACCUCACAGACGUGCUGUCGGACUCUGAGUCAGACCUGGGCAGUCUGGAAACGCUGGAACAUGGGAGCACUGACACGCUCGCAAACGGUUGCCGUGCCGACUGUGACGCGGCUAAGCGCCUGGCCAAGCGGCUGUUCUACCUGGAGGGGUUCAAACGAUGCGAUGUGGCGAGACACCUGGGCAAGAAUAACGAUUUCAGCCAGCAGGUGGCGUCAGAGUACCUGAGCUUCUUUGAUUUCUCUGGCCUGUCUUUGGACCGAGCCCUGAGGAACUUCCUGAAGGCUUUUCCUCUGAUGGGGGAGACCCAGGAGAGAGAGAGGGUUCUGGUCCAUUUCUCCAAACGCUUCUGCCAUUGCAACCAGCAGACGCUCACCUCCGAAGGCAAGGGUCGAUGUCAGGGUGAUGAUGAGGAUGAUGGUGAAGACUAUGAUGACGGUGCACAUACGUUAACCUGUGCCCUGAUGCUGCUCAACACGGAUCUACAUGGACAUAACAUUGGUAAGAAGAUGUCUUGCCAGCAGUUCAUCAGUAAUUUGGACGGCUUGAACGAUGGCAAAGAUUUCCCUAAAGACCUAUUAAAGGUGCUGUACAACUCAAUAAAGAAUGAAAAGCUGGAAUGGGCAGUUGAGGAGGAGGAGUUAAGAAAGAGUCUGUCGGAGCUGGUGGAGGAGCAGUGUGAGGGUGGGAGCAAGCGGGUUGCCAGGGUAACGGACGGCAAUAACCCUUUCAUCGCCAUUCCUAUCCUGCUUAAUGCGGUCACAUACAAACACGGAGUGCUAACGCGCAAGAGCCACGCCGACAUGGAUGGCAAACGCACCCCACGAGGACGCAGAGGAUGGAAGAAGUUCUAUGCGGUUCUAAAGGGGAUGAUCCUUUAUCUACAGAAGGAUGAGUACAAGCCGGAUGCCGACCUGUCUGAGGUGGACCUGAAGAACGCUGUUCGCAUCCACCAUGCCUUGGCCACGCCUGCUAGCGACUACAGCAAGCGAGCCAAUGUCCUGAAGCUCAAGACCUCCGACUGGAGGGUCUUCCUGCUACAGGCCCCGAGUGAAGAGGAAAUGAUGUCGUGGAUCUUCAGGAUCAACCUUGUAGCAGCUCUGUUCUCCGCCCCUGCCUUCCCUGCCGCCAUCGGCUCCAUGAAGAAGUUCUGCCGUCCGCUGCUGCCCUGCUCGUCCACAAGACUCAGCCAGGAGGAACAGCUGCAGUCUCACGAGAGCAAGCUGAAGCAGAUGGGUGCGGAGGUGGAGGAACACAAGAGGAACCCGCCCUCUCCCAAGAGCAGGGAGUGGGAGGAGUCUCGCCUCAAAGAGCACUACCUCACAUACGAGAAGAGUCGGUACGAGACCUACAUCAGCUUGCUGCAGGCCAAACAGCGGGCGGAGACAGACGACCUGGAGAAGAUUGAGGCCAGCAUGAUGGGUGGACUCGCAGAGGGGCGCGGCGGUCGCGAGGGCUACCUCCGGAAGACCCAGUCCUCCCCGUCCAUCAGCCAAGCGCACGGCCUCAACGGCAGGGCUGCCGGACGCACCACCCCUGGCCAGCGCAGCUGAGGGGAGACCCCUGCCCUUGAAACAAACGUCCGCUUUCCCCACACUUCCUGUAGCUCCCCUUGCCCUCAACCUCGGAAUCUUCCGUAUAUUAUUGCACAGAAAAAUCUUUGAUAAGUAUUCAUUAUUUUAGUUUAUUUUUCCCAAAACUGUAGUUGCUGGCACUGCGGUCACCUCUGAAAGUAAGACUCGUGCCAAAUUGACCAUUGACCCGGAGGCUAGAAUGAUAUCAGAGGGGGAGGGAGGUAGCAUAGAGCAGAUGGAGCUGAACCUGGAAGUCUGCAUGAGUCCAGUGUUGUCAGGCUAGGUAUAAAUACAGAGGGAGAUAGCAAAUACAGAAUGUCCCACAAACAGCAUCCUGGUGGAAUCCUAUGGAUCUUCUGCACUUUUCUUCUUAGUUCUGGAAUGAGCGUGACUUUAGGACAUCCCUGAGACCUCCUUUAGUUUUACUUUUCUUCUUGCCAGCCUUUUAAAGAGCCUGAGGUGAAAAGGUGUCCUUGUUGCACACACAGCAAGUGUCGAAGGGCAAGCUAGUUUUGAUCUAGUUACAAGCUAAUUAUGAGCUACUUACAGGCUUUCCUGUAGGCCCCUACGCAGCAUGAAUGUGGAUCAGUGUGGAUCAGACCAAGGUGUAUACCCUACAAUUUGUGGAAGAACUAUCUAAAAAAAUAUGAGUUGCUGUAACCCCCUCUCCUUACUGUGUAACUUAUUUAUUGCCAUUUAUUUAUUUAUUAUAGAUACAGCCUGAGCUUUAGGUAUAUGAUAGGAGAUAUGAUGGAACUUGAUCUCAGAUUGAAUAAAAGCACUGUCCCAUG